UGCAUAAACUGGAACUCUCAGCAGUACUGACUGAGAAGUGAGACCUGAGCACUGAGCAUGAAAAAUAGGCCUAGGACGAGGCGAAAUCACCUGUGACCUCUUCGUUCUAAUUAUUGACACCUGACGUAACCUCUAGGUUUCAUUCCCACUCUGCCGGCAAUCAGGGGUCAAACGCCUCUGUUAUUAAAAAAAUAAAUUGUCUGCUGUGAUAAAGAACUACUUGCGCUAAUUCAGGAUGACGGACGAAACGUUGCACUUAUAUCUAUUUCCAGCAUCAUUUUUUUCUCAAAAGAUUCGCAUUGCUCUGGAGGAGAAGCAGCUGAAGUAUAAAGAGACCUUCAUAAGCUUGUUUGCCAAGGAGCAGAAUGAAGUGUGGUUUCUGCGGAUAAACCCUCAAGGACAGGUUCCAGUGCUAAAGAUUGGUGAUGCUAUCGUCACAGACUCAGAGCGCAUCUUGGAAGCAGUUGAUAAAUUGGAAAGUGGCAAAGGCAAAAGACUUGUUCCAGAUGUAAGCACAGAGGAAGGCAAAUUAGUAUCUGAAUGGAGGAAGAGAUUCAAUUCUGUUGAUGUUGAGAAUCUCUCCUAUGGUGUGAUGUUGAACACAGAGCUUGUACCAGAUAAGGCAAAGGUUAAGGCCUUGACUUCUGGAAUGACCCUGAAAGGAUACCAUGAAGGUAUGCAAAAGGCCAUUGCUGAUCUGGAAGCCAAGAAGGAAAAAAACCCAGACUUAAUUGAUGCUCUUGAUGCUAAAAUUGCCACAAGCCAGGGUCGUUUGCAAAAUCAGUUUCUGAAAGAAGAUAUUGAAAAAGUUCUGAAUGAUGUAGAAAAGGUCCUUGAUGAUGUGGAAAUUCAGCUGAGGAAAAGCAGAACAGAAAACAUCUUGGAGCACUGGCUGUGUGGUCCCAACUACACUGCGGCUGAUAUAUUUCUCUGUGUCUUACUGGGAAGACUUGACUGGAUUGGUUUAUUAGACAGAUAUGCUGACCCAGAGAAGCGUCCGGCACUGGUGGAGUACUGGAUGCAGGCGCAGCAGAGGCCCAGUGUGAAGAAAUGUGUUCUGCAUGCUAUAGCUGAUGUGGUAAACCACCACAAGAAGAAAAUCGCUACGCGUGUCGCUGGAGGCACAGCAGUGGCAGGAGCUGCAGUUCUUCUGGGAGUCUUCAUUGCUAAGAAGAUCAAGGAUCUGUAACCUGUGGGCGGGGUUGUGAGGCGUGUUACAUGUAGCAAUUUUUUUGUCUGUAGACAUCCGUUUUACACUGAUGUUGUUAUCAUUCAUUUACUCUCUCCUCACUAGGGUUUUUAACUUGUCACUUUUUCAAGGACUAAAGGAAGGUUAUGUUAAACAUAUGGUUGUAUGUAUAGUAUUUACCUGCACGUAGAUGGUGAUUUAAUGCUGACCUUCUUUGCAUUUUACACAAACAGUCCCAAUUGUUUAAGAUGGGAAGACAUGACAUGUUAUGGUCAGUAAUCAGGACAACAUAUCUGUGAUGGGGUAAAGGCUUAUUUUAUGUUAUGUCCAUGGGAUGUUUUAUACCUUGAGAUAUUUUUUCACCACAUCUGUCCCUGUCUGCUUAUCAGAUAUAAAAAGCUUUAUUUCUUUUACAAGCUUCAUUGCAAUUCAGAAUAUGUUGUACUUUUCUUUUAUGUACGGGUAUAAAGAUAAAAACUACGUAGUAUGCUUUUUGCUUUUGCUUUUGUUUUUGUUCUAUAUUGCAUCUCGUUUGCCACUGUGAUAAGACCAGCUAAUGCUCAAAAUGUCAGAUAAAAAAAAAAAAAGGAAUUCGUAGAGGAUUAUUUUAUUUCCUCAGUCAAAGACAGGUUUGAAUUUUGACUAGAAAUGCUCCAAAGGCGUUAGAAAUAAAGCCGAACAACCAUGAUAGCCUACAUUAUAAAACCUAAUUAGCUUUUUUUUUUUCACCUAUAAAAUUUACUCCACCAGGGUAAGCUGGUCUUAUCACAAGGCAACGAUCAGUCGAUUGUAAUCAGUUUCUACAUGAUAUUAGGCUACUUUGCGUGAUUGUGCAAAAAAUGUCUGAACGUGUCUUAGAAUUUUGCCACAUUGUGAGGCAGGAGAAGUUGGAUUUCGUUUGCUCAUGGCAUUCACGCUACCUAAAAUGUGGAUGGUGCUCUCUUUAUUAAAAAUGGCGAAUAAUUGUUUAUAAAAGUAAUGUAAGCAUUUUAAUUAGUUAUUAUUUGUAAUUUAUUGAAACUGGCCAUCACCUUACUGGAAACCAAAAAGCUUGUUAAAAAAAAGAGAAAAAAAUUGCUCACAGGAGAAAUUAUGUUUGUAAUUUAAAGGUAAAACUUGGAGUUACUGGUAGAUUUGUCUCAAAUCUGUGUCAGCCACCAGCAGAAAGUCAGACAAUAAUAACCAGAAGCAGCAAUCUCAGCUUCUUCAGUCUCGGAGUGUACUGAUAAGUCCAUGCACAUUUGAAGAAAAGAAAUCUUUGUUUUUCUAACAGGCCACUAAGUGGCUAUAUAUUUGCAAUUAGAUCAACAACAAGAAUUUGUGAUGGAAUUGGAGUAUACGGUAUUUUGCUUCUUAAGUCAAAAUGGUUGACCAUAAAAGUCUUGCAUUGAUAUUUAUGUUGAUGUCUAUAUAUUUGUCUUCCAUGUUUUCAGUACCAUCCUUGGAGAAUUUGUUUUUGUUUUGGGAUGCUUUCCAAAUGUAUUGGAAGUUGGUGGCGUUUAGUAUUGUUAAUUGUUCAGCUGAGUCAAUUGAUUUUGAAGCAUUUAUAUUUUCUUGAUAGUAUCAAGGAUGGUUUCAGCUUGUUGAAGUAAAUCCUUUUGCUUCAAAUGUGUCUUAUAAUCUGGUGUAUAUCUCAUAUGUUCUGGAAUACAAUUUUACACUGCCAAAUAUUAGACUUUGUGACAUAUGCAUGUUUUGCGAAACUAAAAAAAAUCUUCAUAAAAACUGAUUAUUAUGACGUUCCAUGGAGAUUCUUCUGUAGUAAAAUACAGUCUAAAUAAAGUAAUUGCAACUUAAAAUUUUAAAUACUCCUCAAAUGAUUAAAUGAUUUGUGGAUUGCAAGAAUGAUGGAUUUCCUAUAACAAAGUAUUUGAAAGAGCCCCAUUCAUAUUUAUAAUGUUGUUUUCUCUCCACACAGCACAUGCCACACAUUUGUCUGUAAAUUGUAUUUUUCUUUGUGCGCUUGGCUGCCUUGUAGUCCCUUUUUUUGUAAAGUGCUUUUCAUAGGACUUUAAAUUUUAUGCUGUUUGACAGGUCACAAUAAAAAGAAAAUGAAGGCACUGUGAGAUGUCCAAAGUCUUAGGUAAUUACUGCAUAUCAAAUGUUCUUUCAUGUUUCAAUUUGUGAUAUUCAGGUCUGAUCAUGCAUUUACUUUUUGUAGAAGAAUUUAUUUAUUUGAUUGAUUGGUCUAGCCAGUCAAUUAUCAAGAGAAUUUUAUGCUUUACAAUUGUACAGGUUUACCUACAUUUUGCAAAGCACAAUGCACUCAGAAUCUUAUUGUUUAAGUUAUUAAUCUUAAUGUAAUGUAAAAGGGAAUUGUACAUCGUAUUCACGUAGCAAGCCUGAAACCAAGAAAGUCAACAAUAAAUAGUAUUAACAAUUUUGACAA